AUGCCUCUCUGUCCACCUUGCCUCCAAUAUGCCUCUCUGGCCAUCUUGCCUCUAAUAUGUCCCACUGUCCCUCUUGCCUUCAAUAUGCCUCUCUAUCCACCUUGCCUCCAAUAUGUCCCUCUGUCCAUCUUGCCUUCAAUAUGCCUCUCUGUCCAUCUUGAUUCCAAUAUGUCCCACUGUCCCUCUUGCCUCCAAUGUGCCUCUCUGUCCACCUUGCCUCCAAUAUAUCCCUCUGUCAUUCUUGCCUCCAAUAUGUCCCUCUGUCCCUCUUGCCUCCAAUAUGCCUCUCUGUCUCUCUUGCCUCCAAUAUACUUCUCUGUCCACCUUGCCUCCAAUAUGUCCCACUGUCCCUCUUGCCUUCAAUAUGUCCCUCUGUCCCUCUUGCCUCCAAUAUGCCUCUCUGGCCAUCUUGCCUCCAAUAUAUCCCACUGUCCCUCUUGCCUUCAAUAUGCCUCUCUGUCCACCUUGCCUCCAAUAUGCCUCUCUGUCCACCUUGCCUCCAAUAUAUCCCUCUGUCCUUCUUGCCUCCAAUAUGUCCCACUGUCCCUCUUGCCUCCAAUAUGCCUCUCUGUCCACCUUGCCUACACUUUGAGUCAUAGGUCAUACUGUGAAACUUACAGAACCAAAAAGUAUCUAUCUAUCUAUCUAUCUAUCUAUCUAUCUAUCUAUCUAUCUAUCAGCAAGUGUCCUAUCCUAAAAAAAAAAUCUUCUCCGUCGACAAAGAAUACUUGCCAAAUAAAUUUUAUCGGCCUUGAUUUCUUCUUCUUCUUCUUCUUCUUCUUCUUCUUCUUCUUCUUCUUUCAACCUCCACCGUUUUCAUCUUUCUCUGACUUCAUUUAUUUCUUUUAUUCUUUCUGUUACUUUUCCGUCUAUUUUCUUAUUUAUUUUUUUUUUCCAUUUCUUCCCUCCAGUCCUCCUGUAAUUUACUCCCACUUGAUUUUCCAUUAUUUUGCUUUCAUUACACCCAGCUGCUUUCUUCUAUUUUCUUCUUUCCUUCCACCUGUCAAUUCUUUCUUCAAUCGUAGUAAUACCCGUUUUCUUCUUAUUCUUAUUCUUCUUAUUCGUAUUCUUUUUAUUCGUAUUCUUUUUAUUCUCCUCAUUCUUAUUCUUCUUAUUCUUCUUAUUCUUAUUCUCCUCAUUCUUAUUCUUCUUAUUCUUAUUCUUAUUCUUCUUAUUCGUAUUCUUCUUAUUAGUAUUCUUCUUAUUCUUAUUCUUAUUCGUAUUCUUCUUAUUCGUAUUCUUUUUAUUCUCCUCAUUCUUAUUCUUCUCAUUCUUAUUCUUCUUAUUCUUAUUCUUCUUAUUCUUAUUCGUAUUCUUCUUAUUCGUAUUCUUCUUCUUCUUAUUCUUAUUCUUCUUAUUCUUAUUCUUAUUCUUCUUAUUCGUAUUCUUCUUAUUCUUAUUCUUAUUCUUCUUAUUCUUAUUCUUCUUAUUCGUAUUCUUUUUAUUCUCCUCAUUCUUAUUCUUCUUAUUCUUAUUCUUCUUAUUCGUAUUCUUCUUAUUCUUAUUCUUAUUCUUCUUAUUCUUAUUCUUAUUAUUCUUAUUCGUAUUCUUCUUAUUCGUAUUCUUCUUAUUCUUAUUCUUAUUCGUAUUAUUCUUAUUCUUAUUCUUCUUAUUCGUAUUCUUUUUAUUCUCCUCAUUCUUAUUCUUAUUCUUAUUCUUCUUCUUCUUAUUCUUCUUAUUCUUAUUCUUCUUAUUCUUAUUCGUAUUCUUCUUAUUCUUAUUCUUAUUCGUAUUAUUCUUAUUCUCCUUAUUUUUAUUCUUGUUAUUCUACUUAUUCUUCUGAUUCUUAUUCUUCUUAUUCGAAUUCUUCUUAUUCUUCUUAUUCGAAUUCUUCUUAUUCUUCUUAUUCCUAUUCUUCUUAUUCCUCUUAUUCUUAUUCUUCCUAUUCUUAUUCUUCUCAUUCCUAUUCUUCUUAUUAUCCUUAUUCUUAUUAUUAAAAGGCCAUUGGAAAAAGUGGCGAUGUGA